UUGCCUCUUUUUCCGGUUUUCUCCUGCGGGCGGAAGUUCCUUUAGCUGUCCAGCUACGCUACAUUUACUAAAUUCACCAAAAGAACAAGAACUACCAAUGGAUCACUGUUGACCUGAGUGGUGGACCACUCCCAGAACAAUAGGAACAGGAAACGGCAUCUAGCUAGCCUCGCAAUUAUCAACACACCCAUUUCAGAAUCCUGGUGUGGUGGUGUGUCCUACAUGAUUGCUUAAUGCACCAGCCUUGAACGAUUAUGUCUCACUGAUGCUUGGAGGUGAAUGAUAGUCUGCAACUCAACCAACAUCAGCUCCCCUUGAAAACUGCUCUUGCUGAUCACUUGCUUUGUCUGCUGUUUUGUCAUCUGGAAAUCUCCAGCCCUGAAGCAUGUCUCAGAAAUACCCCUACACGAACACAGGGGAUGACUUUCUAUCACAUCAAGACAUGUAUCCGGAUUCGUACCAGAGACAAUCCAAUACGUACCGGCCAAGUGUUAGAUCCUCGUCUCAGGAGCAAAAUUGCUCUACAAUUUCCAGGAGAACUAUAGACUCUCCUGUCAACUUACCCGGGCAGGCUUUGUCAUUUCUUCACAGCUGUGGAUUGGAAUCGAGCGAUAUAGCCCACCUUGCAGAACUUCCUGAGCAUCUCUUCACGGUCGAGACACUUUCUGAAAUGCUUUUACAGAUCAAAGAACGUAAAUUAUCCAGCACUUCAUCAUCUAGGCCCAGCACAAGUCAGCCUCUUGACGAUACCUCAACUCGUGCCUGGGAGGGUAGCAGCCACACCAAACCAGUUGAGUAUCCAAUUGAUCGACCUGCGCACCCAGUGUACCCUCUUCCUCCAGAGCAAGUUCAAACCUGGCAAGAUCGCUGGGGGAAUCCUCGACGAAGAAGUUCUUUAUCCACCAACAGUGCUCCAGACUACAUCGUCUCCAAGGACACUGGCCCAUAUAGCAAUACCACAGAAUCACCAGAGGCCUCGUCACGCACUUUUGUUGAUUUCGGACCGAGGCCUCUCCUUUCUCUGAGAUUAGAGCCACCUGUUAUCGUGCCUACUAGGAAGGAGGCCUCAGACUACAAUUGCAAAAUUCCCCCGGCUUUUCCUCAUGUGUGUUGUCUCUGUGACGUAUCUAUCCGUUCUACAAAGGAAUGGUUUUUUCAUGUUCGAGGUAGUGAGCAUGCUAAAGGUCAGCGUGAACUUGUGAAAAAGUACCCAAAGUGGGCACAGACUGCUGAAUCUGCGAGAAGGAAUGAAAGUGCCAAAGUUUACAAAGUGCCAACUAGAACGGAGGCCUCAGACUUCAAUGGCACAGUUCCCCCAGUUUUUCCUUACUUGUGUGCUCUCUGCAACAUCACUGUCUUUUCUGAAAAGGACUGGUCUGUUCAUAUUACAGGUGGUCAGCAUGCUCAGAGCCAGCUUGACCUUAUGGGAAAGUACCCAGAGUGGGAUGGGACUGUUCAGUCUUCUAGAAGAAAUGAUGGUGACGCCUCCACUGACAUAAGAGAUGGAAGCUCAAAAGAAAUUACUUCAGCUAUGAAGAGGUCGCAAGCGAAAGAUGAACUGAGUUCUCGAGUUGUGAGCUUCACACCAUUACCUGUUGGAGAAGGGAUCACUGCAGAGUUGACUGCCAUUGCUAAACGUUUUGGAUCUGUCAAAAAAUCCUUGUUUCUGCCAAACCGGGGUUUUGUGGAAAUGAUUUGUUUAGCAGACGCCAAGAAAUUGGUUGAACACUACUCAGCCAAUCAACUGAAAUUAAAAGGCAAAUUAAUUCAAGUCACUUUCUCUGGUGAAUAUAACUCACUAAGAGAGGCUGAAGUUAAUGACGAAACACAAUCCCGGCGCUCUCACACCCACAGGAGAUCUAGCCCAGGCAGGCACAGCAUUCAGAGGGACUCUCCUAGUCCCAGGAGAAGACGUUCAUCCGAAAGGACUCACUAUAGCCCCAAAAGAAGAUACUCAUCAGAGAGGACUCGUUCUAGUCCAAAGAGAAGAUGUUCGUCAGAGAGGACUCAUUCUAGCCCCAAGAGAAGACGCUCAUCAGAGAGGACCUACUCAUCUAAGAGUUGCCAUGUAAAAGAGCGAGAAGGUUCUCGAAAAUCCAUGGAGAGGUCUAGUACUUCCUCAAGUUCAUGCUGUUUUUCAAGCUCUAUGGUUAAAGAUGAAGCUACACAAUCAAGUGCAGAUACUGAAGAAAAAAGAAUUGUGAGCAACAGCUAUGUUAAAAGCAUGGGUUCAGAUGGUGACCUUGAAGGGAUAGAAGUGAUAGCAGAUGAUGGUGAAGAAUUGGUGCAUGACAUUAAUGAUUAUGAGUCUACAACAAGCGUCAAGGAGAAUUUACCAUCAGAACCAAUGGAUAUAACAAAUGUUCACACAGAGGAAAAAGUAAAGACUGGAAAAUAUUCUCCAAAUGCUGAUACAUCAGAAACAUUAAACAGUCUAAAGGAGGGCCAAAAGUUUGAAGAACACGAAGACCAGGAAUUAAAUGAGGAGGAACAUGACUUCCCCAAGAGUCUUGAAAAUUAUGUGACCUUAGAUGAGUUCAUGGAAGAAAAUUUUUCAGAUUUUCAAGAAUCAGAUGAACCGAAGCCCUCAAUCCCAAAAACCGAGCAAAGUAUCAAAGAAUCUGAAUCACCUACAAAAAAAAGUACCAGCAAAACAACUGCAGAACCCAACACUUCAGAGAACUUAGACGCUGUUGAUCAACCUAAAGAGGAACAUGACACUGAGAGAGUGACAGACUACCUCAAGGGGUUUGUUGAGGUGGUGCUCGCAUCUGAUGCUGAUCGAGUCACAGCUGAUUCUAAAACUCAAGAUAUUGUACUACCCAGUAAUGUCUUGAUGAUUAAAGUGUCUGAGAAAUACUGCCAUCUACCAGAAGAAGGACACAGACCCCCAACCGCAGAAGACAAACGGCCAGCCAAGAGAGAGCACACUGAGGAGAGAGAGGAAAGCCAGAGCAGUUCCUCAGCAAAAACUACCAGUGUGAAGGAAGAGGAACCCCCAUCCAAAAAAGCUAAAGAGGAGAGGCCUAGGGAGGAGAAAGCUCUGAGUGUACUACAGGAUGAGAAGGAGGAGGUGGCGGUCAAAGCUGAACCUAGUGUGUGUGUAGCGGAAGUGAACAACAUGUAUACAGAGGAACACAACACCGAUACGACAGAAACUAAGAACAUGGAGCUCAAACCACCGAUGGCUCAGAGUGACAUUGAUGUUCCUCUUACUGAGUCUUCAUCUGUUGCAUCUUCUGCUGAUGUCUCUGAGAAGAGCCACGAGCCGACUGAAACCCCCACGCCUCCAACUGAGUCCGUCGAAAAUCCUGAAACCACUGUAGAUGUUCUCGGUCCAUAUGAUCCAAACGUCCCAGUGGGUGUGGAGUUUGUGAAGAUGGGCUACUAUUGUAGGGUGUGCUUCCAUUUUUAUUCCAAUGAAGACACUGCUAAAAAGGUUCACUGCAGUAGUCAGGCACACUAUGAGAAACUCAAGAAACACUUGGAAAAGGAGAAGGCCAAAGCACAGAGUAAUUGUGAAAAGAACUGAGUAUGGAGGAGUGUAGUUGGUACUGCGCAGUAUUUGGUUGUGCAUGAAACUUAGUUUGCUUAGUCUCUCCUUUUGGAGGAUUGAUUUUAGUGUCAUUUUUAGGUUGAUUCUGUCACUUACUCAUUUACUGUUUUUCUUACAUGUGUAUUAGAAAAGUCGCCUAUUCUCAAUAGAACGGAGCCCUUUUAUGGCUGUUUGCUUGUUGUGAAUUUUUUAUUUUAUUUUGGUUCAACCUCUGAUAACAUUAAAAACAUUCCUCACACUGAC